AUGUCGCAUCAGGGAUCCAAAUUACCCAUCUUCAAUAAAUCCAAGUCGAGUGAUAAUUUGGAAACAGUCGAUACCAGCUGGCAUGAUCCUCCAGUGGACAAGGGCAGGUGUGCGCUUCAAUAUUUGGGUUUUGCCACGUCGUUCGGAGUGUUACUCAAUUUUUACCAAGAUGAUCCACGUAGCCCAAUAAAGUCGGAUCCAGAUGCCAAGGCUAUACUGACUCUUGUUGGAACAGUUAACACUGGUAUCAUGUCUACAACAGCACCAUUGGUCUCGUUUUGGAUAGCAAAGAAGCCAGGCAUAAGACGUCCAAUGAUGUAUUCUGGUCUGCUUGUAUGCACACUGAGUUUAUUCCUGUCUGCUUAUGCUACUUCUGCUUUUCACAUUCUCUUGAGCCAAGGGAUCGGAUACGGUUUUGGCGGAUGCGCAUUAUAUUUUUCUGCACUAUCUCAUCUUCCGGAAUGGUUCGAAGUAAGAAGGGGACUCGCAAACGGAGUGGUUGUCACGGGAACCGGCUUGGGAGGCUUUGUCUUUCCGCUCUUGUUAGACAGUCUUCUUGCGAAGUAUAACGCAAAAUUUGCCUUGCAAGUUAUCGUGAGUGGCUAUUCGUACUUUGAGCGAUCUGUAGGUAAAACUUGA